UUCUCCACCCGAAGAAUAGCGAGGAGCAAGCUUCCAGAUAGCUUCAAACUGCCAGCUUCCAAUGUUGGUUGCGUCCCCGCGCCACCAGCCACAUUCCUGACAUAAGCUGGUAAAGCGGCGCAGCCGCUGCGCUGGCGGCUAACCAGAACCAUUACCUCAGACCUCACCUUUACCCGCAUCAUCGACGCAGUGCGUGAUUGUUUCCCUAACUGCUGGUCGGUCUCGACGUCAUCUCCACGUGCAAGGUGCUUUGUGCUCCUUGCUAGGGUGGGAGCAUCAGAUUCCGGAUAUAUUCCCUCACCGGUUCAGCGCAUCGCAUCGAUAUCCGCCGUCUCAUCAAGGCUUCAAAGCGCUAGCUCGUUCCCUCGAAGUACUCCAUUCUGAGUCCGGCAUCGAAACUAUGGCCCUCGACCAUAUUCAGCCCAAACCUAUUUCAGACCACAAGCAGUCCACCGUCUACACAUGCCCCACACCCCCCGAAAGCACGACACCCGGCCUUCUGGAGGAUCUUGAUGACCUCGACCCGCUACAUUCUCCCAAAUCCAAUGGCUCCUCCGUCCCAUGGCCCGGCUCGACCUUCAUCAUCAGCUCCGUCUCGACCGGCCACGCCAUCGCGCUGCGUGGCGGACAAGUCGUGCUAGCGCCGCCGGGCGGACGCGAAUCAAUCCACUGGGAGUGCGUGGAAACCAAAGGCUGGCUUGGGUUUCGGAACCCCGUGUCAGGCAAGUUUCUGGGGCACGAUGGGCGGUCAGGGAAGCUACGCUGCUCCGGACGGGCACAUGAAGGGUGGGAGUGGUUCUGCGUGAGGCAGACGCCAGAGGGAGGCUACGUGUUGCUUAUGACACAUUGGGAGAAGCUUUGGCCUGUGGGGACCAUGAUGGAGGGGGGCGAGAAAGUGCUGGCUAAGGUUGAGAAUGCGGUGUCUGAUGGGAUUGUGUGGAAGUUUAUUAAAGUCUAGUGCUUCGAGGCGAAAGCAGCGUCCUCAGAAGGGGAAACCGAGUGCACUAGGACUAUUUCAAUCAUUACAUAAUCACUAUCUGAGCGCAACUUCCAACCUCUCCUCUCAAUUCGAAAGGACAAAUGGUAUAUCUUAAGAACCAUUGUAAGGUUCGAUUGGCUCCUUCUAUUGAUCUCAAGGGCCGUUCUCGUAACGAAAAUUCAUCCAGGUGUCGCUUAUUCCGGUCGCGAUAACGAUGGGAGAAAGAUCCCUCGCCAUUGCCUGAUUACUGAGAGUAGUUUUGGAGCCUCCCCUG